AUGGCUAAGCACAGAGAUAGGGAUACCCCAACGAGACACGUGCAUCCGCCACGUGUCCUCGGCUCUGCCAAUCACGACACAGACAACGAGUCUGGCGGCGCCGGCGCGGCCGCAUCCGGCGGCAGCGGAUUCGGCCGGCACCGGCCACCGCGGGAUGCGGGGGGUGAAAGAGUACGCACAGCACAAGCUACCGAGCCUCCGCCGCUAUUCCCGUACCGAGAGGGCGAGGGCAUGCCGGACCUCUCCAAGCUGCUUCGGCACUCCGACUGCCUCUCCCACUGCCCCCCUGCCUCCUCUGACCUCCCUGCUUCGGCUGCUGCUUCUGGCAACGCUGGUGGUGAUGCUGGUGGUGGGAAACUGGGGGCUGGGAUUGACGGGGAAGGAGGAGGCGACAAGGAGGGGGGCGAGGGAGGAGGGAAGGACGAUCCUAUGGACCAUGAUGGCCCUGCUGCUGCUGCUGCUGCUGCUGCUGCUGCAACCGAUGGUGCUGCCUCUGCAGAUGCGGGCGCUGCUGCUGACACCAGUGGUCCUUUGCCUGUAGCUGCAGGAGCAGGAGCAGCAGGGGCGGCAGCAGCAGGGGCGUAUCAGCAGCAGGCGGCAGUGGAGAUCUCUGUGCCGCCCGAAUCCAUCACCACUGCCAACCGCCAGGUGCGGUCGCGGCAGCUGUGGGGCACGGACGUGUACACUGACGACUCGGACAUUGUCGCAGUGCUGAUGCAUGCGGGAUACAUCACACCCGUCUCAGUGCCCCCACCUGCAUCCAUUGCCGAGCUCCGAGCAACCAUUCGCGUGCUGCCACCUCAGCCCUCCUACCGCUCCUCCUCGCGCAACAGCAUGCGGUCCCGGGCAUGGGGGUCAGGCAAGGGCACAUGCAGCUAUGCCGUGGAGAGCUGCCGAAUCAUCAAGCAUGACGGCACCAGCAUCGACCUGGAAGCUUCCUCUGCACGCACGCCCCCGGUGGGCCCCACUCUUGUGCCCGCAGCUGUGGAGCGCACCAUGACCACCCGCGCCUCCGCCUCCGUGCGGAACGCGCACAGGCACCAGCGCUUUGUGCAAGAAGUGACUCUACAGUACAACCUCUGCAACGAGCCCUGGCUCAAGUAUUCAAUGGCGAUUAUUGCCGACCAUGGAUUGAAGCGGCCUCAGUUCACAUCAGCACGGCUCAAGCGGGCCGAAGUGCUGUAUCUGGAAACAGCCACGCACAGGUUUGAGUUGAGCUACGAGCCUGUGUCGGCUCGCACGGUCUUUUACUCUGUAGCGCUUUCCCAGGCCCAGCAGCAGCAGCAUUUGCCGCUUGAAGCUGCUGGUGCCAAGGCUGAUGCGGCUGCUGCUGCUGCUGCUAGUGACGGUGGUGCUGCUGCUACAGCUGCUGCUGCAGAUGCUGGUGCUGCUGGUGUGGUCGUAGGCACCACCAGCGCCAAUCCUGAAACCCAGUGGGUGCUGCCUCAAAGUGCGUUGGCUCACCUGCAUGGGAAGGGCAAGGGGCCGAGGGACACGUACCGGUGGACUCAGUGUGUUCCGCCUCUCCCUCUCGACCAGCUCCGCUCCCACGGCUGCCCUCUCCCCGCUGCCUUCACCAAGAUCCUCGAGUCUGGCCUGGCAUGGGAUGAGGUGCAGUGGGCGCCUGGGGGGGUGUGGGUGAGGGGGCUGCAUUACCCCGUGGUUAGGGCCCACUUUAUGCCUCGCAAAUCGUUCUCCUCUCGCUAA